ACCGAUGAUAAAUGAGAUUCUCAAAGACUGGCAAGAAGAAAACACUGCUUUUAUUCCAACAAAAGCAAGUUGCGUUGUAGAAGAAAAGCUCAAAAGUCAUAACCUAGUCAUAGUAGUUGGAAAUUCUGGAUCUGGAAAAUCGGCGAUUAUUCAGCAUAUUGCACUCAAGUAUAAAAAUCGAGGAGCUAAUGUCAUACCAGUGGAUGAAGUAAGAGAAAUUAAAGAGAAGUUUUCGUAUUUGGCAGAAAAUGAAAUCCUCUUUGUACUCAACGAUCCUUUAGGAAAGGAGUCUUUGGAUGAAAUAUUGUAUACUUAUUGGAAAAAGUAUCAAAAAACGAUAGAAAUUUGCUUGAAGAAGGGCAAACUACUCGUGUCCUGUAGAAGAUGCGUUUUUUAUGACAAGAGAGUGAAGGGACAUUUGUUCGAGGAAUCCACCAUAGUAGAAAUAGACAACGAAGAAAAUCAACUGACAGUUGUGGAGAAAAGAGCAAUCCUCAAUCAAUACACACAGAAUCACGACCUUACUGAAGAAAUAGUUUUUGAAAUAAUCAAAACAGAAGCAUAUUUCCCAUUGCUCUGUAAGCUUUUUUCUCGGUCAAAAUACAAGGAAAAUGGACUUGACUUCUUCAAAUCUCCGAAGAAGUUCAUUAAAGAGGAAAUUGAAAUUUGGAAGAAAAAAGACAAGAAGAAAUUCUGUGCUCUUAUUUUAGUUGUAGCUUUUAAAAACAAUCUGAAAAUAGAAACAAUUGUAAGGAAUGAUGAUUCAAAGAAGAAAUAUAAAGACAUUCUGGGAAUUUGUGAAUUAACAGAAAACACAAAUAUUUCAGUCUUCCACAGUACUCUCCAAGAACUUAAAGGAUCCUAUGUCAAACGUGUCGGACAUGUUUUCCAAUUCCUUCACGACCUUAUUAUGGAGAUAACGACUCUGGUGUUUGGUGUUGAUUGUCCACAAGAGACAAUACAGUACGCAGACAGUGGUUUUCUGAGACGACUGGUGAGAAUAGAAGACGAUACAGAAGAGAAAGAUUGCGAUCCCUUCACUGUUUACCUUCCUGAAGAGUACAUUGAUGAUCUUGUAGACAGGUUUAUUAUUGACAUGCAAACAGAACAUUUCGUGGAUGUUGUUCUCAACCAAUGUUUGAGAAAUGAAAAUGUGAAGAAACAGUUUGUUGACAGUAUAAAGGCAUCAGAAAAUCUGUCAAACAUUGAUAAAAAUGUAAAAUGUUCAAUACAUCAGUCAGAGUUUGUAAAACCGUCAACUGAGUUUAGCAUAUCAAGACUUACUUUUCUUGAUUGGAGACAUAAAAUAUGUCCUUUGAAUGGAUUUAUAGUAUUUGGUCAUGAUGACAUUUCUCUAUCUUUCAUAAGAAUUAUAAACAAAAAUUCAUUGCAGAAUCUUUUUGUUUUUCCUGCCGUGUGUGCUAAUGGAGCGUUACAAUUGUUUCAUAGUCUGAGGCAAGAAUACAAAGAAACGGCUAUAAAUGAAUUUUGGGGGUUAUUUUAUCCAAUCCACAUUGCUUCUGUCUUUCACAACUUUGAGAUUAUCCCAGAAUUAAUCAGACUUGGUGCUAAUGUCAAUAUGUUAAGUGCUGGAAAUAUUUGGACUCCUUUAAUUUUGGCAGCAGGAAAUGAUGAAGAACAUUUAACAGAAGCUGGAAAGGAGACAGAAAAAGGAGUAAGACGUAAUAAAACAAUUGUUUGCUUAUUGAACUAUGGCGCCAAAAUUAAUUUAGGUGGCGAUGAUGGAAAAUCUCCUCUGUGCCUAGCUUGUCAAAAGGGGUAUACCAGCACAGUACAAUUGUUACUGCACAAUGGCGCCAAAAUCAAUUUAUGUGACAUGGACAGAACCAGUCCUAUUUUUAUAGCUUGUCAAAAUGGACAUGAAAGCACGGUUCAACUGUUACUGAACAACGGUGCCAACAUCAAUUUAUGUGAGAAGAAUGGAGCUAGUCCUUUUUAUAUAGCUUGUCAAAAUGGACAUGUUAGCACGGCAAAACUAUUACUGAAUAACGGUGCCGACAUCAAUUUAUGUAAUAGUGAUGGAUCAAGUCCUCUUUAUAUGGCUUGUCGAAAUGGACAUGAUAGCACGGUACAACUGUUACUGAACAAAGGUGCCGACAUAAAUUUAUGUGAAAUAAAUGGGACCAGUCCUCUUUGGGUAGCUUGUAAAAAUGGACAUUAUAGCACGGUACAAUUGAUACUGAACAAAGGUGCUGACAUCAAUUUAUGUGAAAUAGAUGGGACCAGUCCUCUUUGGGUAGCUUGUAAAAAUGGCCAUUUUAGCUCGGUACAAUUGUUACUGAACAAAGGUGCUGACAUCAAUUUAUGUGAAAAGAAUGGAGCCAGUCCUCUUUUUAUGGCUUGUCGAAAUGGACAUGAUAGCACGGUAAAACUGUUACUGAACAACGCUGCCGACAUAAAUUUAUUUGAAAUAAAUGGGACCAGUCCUCUUUGGGUAGCUUGUAAAAAUGGACAUUAUAGCACGAACGGUGCCAACAUCAAUUUAUGUGACAAGUAUAGAUUCAGUCCUCUUUAUAUAGCUUGUUAUAAUGGACAUGAUAGCACGGUACAACUGUUACUGAAGAAUGGCGCUAAGAUCAAUUUAUGUGAUAAUGAUGGAGUCAGUUCUCUUUAUAUAGCUUGUCAAACUGGACGUGAUAGCACGGUGCAACUGUUACUGAAUAACGGUGCCGACAUCAAUUUAUGUGAUUAUGAUGGAUUCAGUCCUCUUUAUAUUGCUUGUCAAAGUACACAUGAAAGCACAGUCCAACUGUUACUGAAAAAUUUUGCAGAUGUUAAUUUAUGCCAAAAGAAUGGAGCAAGUCCUCUUUAUAUAGCUUGUUAUAAGGGACUUGAUACCACGGUACAACUGUUACUAAACAACGGUGCCGACAUCAAUUUAUGUGAAAAUACUGGAAUCAGUCCUCUUUAUGUAGCUUGUCAAAAUGGAAAUGAUAGCACGGUACAACUGUUACUGAACAACGGUGCCCACAUCAAUUUAUGUAACAAGAAUGGAGCCAGUCCGUUUUAUAUAGCUUGUCAAAAUGGACAUGAUAGCACAGUACAACUGUUAGUGAACAACGGGGCCGACAUGAAUUUGUGUGAAAAAGAUGGGACCAGUCCUCUUUGGGUAGCUUGUCAAAAUGAACAUAAUGGCACGGUACAACUUUUACUGAACAACGGUGCUGACAUCAAUUUAUGUGAAGAAGAUGGGACCAGUCCUCUUUGGGUAUCUUGUCAAAAUGGACAUAAUGGCACGGUACAACUGUUACUGAACAACGAUGCCGACAUUAAUUUAUGUAACAAGAAUGGAGUCAGUCCUCUUUAUAUAGCUUGUCAAAAUGGACAUGAUAGCACGAUACAACUGUUACUGAACAACGGCGCCGACAUCAAUUUAUGUGAUAAUGAUGGAUUCAGUCCUCUAUCUGUACCUUGUGAAAAUGGACAUGAUAGCACGGUACAAUUGUUUCUGAACAAUGGUGCCAAAAUCAAUUUAUGUAACAAAAAUGGAUUCAGUCCUCUUCAUAUAUCUUGUCAAAAAGGACAUGAUAGCAUCGUACAACUGCUUUUGAAUAACGGUGCAGACAUCAAUUUAUGUGAUAGUGAUGGAUUAAGUCCUCUUUUUAUAGCUUGUGAAAAUGGACAUGAUAGCACGGUACAACUAUUACUGAACAAAGGCGCCGACAUCAAUUUAUGUGAUAAGAAUGGAACAAGUCCUCUUUAUAUGGCUUGUCAAAAUGGACAUGAUAGCACGGUACAACUGUUACUGAACAACGGCGCCGAAAUCAAUUUAUGUGAUAGUGAUGGAUUCAGUCCUCUAUCUGUAACUUGUCAAAAUGGACAUGAUAGCACGGUACAACUAUUACUGAACAACGCCGCCGACAUCAAUUUAUGUGAUAAUGAUGGAUUCAGUCCUCUAUCUGUAACUUGUCAAAAUGGACAUGAUAGCACGGUACAACUAUUACUGAACAACGGUGCCGACAUCAAUUUAUGUGAGAAAAAUGGAGUCAGUCCUAUUUAUAUAGCUUGUCAAAAUAAACAUGAAAGCACGGUACAACUGUUAUUAAACAAAGGUGCCGACAUUAAUUUAUGUGAUGAUAAUGGACAUAGUUCUUUUUAUGUAGCUUGUUAUAAUGGACAUGAUUGUACGGUACAACUGUUACUGAACAACAAUGGUGCCGACAUCAAUUUAUGUGAGAAGAAUGGAGUCAGUCCUCUUAAUAUAGCUUGUCAUAAUGGAUAUGAUAGCACGGUACAACUGUUACUGAACAACGGUGCCGACAUCAAUUUAUGUGAUAAUGAUGGAACCAGUCCUCUUUGGAUAGCUUGUCAAAAUGGACAUGAUAGCACUGUACAACUUUUACUGAGCAACGGUGCCGACAUCAAUUUAUGUGAGAAAAAUGGAGUCAGUCCUCUUUAUAUAGCUUGUUAUAAAGGACUUGAUAGCACGGUACAACUGUUACUGAACAAAGGUGCCGACAUCAAUUUAUGUGAGAAGAAUGGAUCCAGUCCUCUUUAUAUAGCUUGUCAAAACGGACAUGAUAGUACGGUACAACUUUUACUGAACAACGGUGCCGACAUCAAUUUUUGUGAUAGAGAUGGAACCAGUCCUCUUUAUAUAGCUUGUCAAAAUGGACAUAAUAGCGUAGUACAACUGUCACUGAACAACUGUGCCGACAUCAAUUUAUGUAACAAGAAUGGAGCCAGUCCUCUUUAUAUAGCUUGUCAAAACGGGGAUGAUAGUACGGUACAACUUUUACUGAACAACGGUGCUGACAUCAAUUUUUGUGAUAAAGAUGGAAACAGUGCUCUUUGGAUAGCUUGUGAAAACUCACAUUGCAGUACAAUCGAACUUUUAUUAAACUCAGGUGCUGAUGUAAAUUUAUGCAAUGAAGGGAACUGCAGUCCGUUGUACCUAGCAUGUCUCAAUGGUAAUGACAGUAUGGUUAAACUUUUACUAGAUGAAGGUGCAGACAUCAAUUUAUGUGACAACGAGGGAACCAGUCCACUCUACAUAGCCUGUGAAAAUGGACAUGACAGCAUAGUCCAAGUAUUAUUACAAAACGAUGCUUGUGUUAAUUUAUGCAAUAAAGCCAAUAAGAGUCCACUGUAUAUAACAUACUUAUAUGGUCAUGACAGUAUCGCUGAACUUUUACUACAAUAUGGUGCUGAGUUUUUAUUCUGACGAUGGUUUCAGUGGUUUCUCAAUACCAAGUGUGUUCACAUUAUUUCCGAGAUAUUUCUGAGAUAUGCAGCAAAAGCUGAUUCGGGCUUUUACUAUAGCUUGCAAACAAGUGCAUGACAUUUUCACAAAGAAUUUUCCGCAUUUAUUCAAAAAACUUCCGCAUGAGAAGAAGAAAAUUGCUGAGGCCUUCGGUCCGAUAUUCAGAUAUAUAUCGACGUUAUAUUAUCAAUUACCAAUAGAUACUUUCAUUCAUAUAUCGACUUGCCAUAUCUUUGUGAACUUGAAAUAGAAGACAUCACAGAAUCUGCCACUUCUGUUUCAUAUUAAAUGUUUCGUAAAAUUCUAUUGUUGUUAUCAUGGUUUUUCGUAGCAAAUAUAACCUUUCAUAGGAUCUUAU